AUGGGAGAAGUUCAAAAGGGCUUGUUCUCGAUCCUCCAGAAGCUGAAAGGCACUCCAGAGCAGGAGUUGAGAAUAGUUCUCUUGGGCUUGGACAAUGCAGGGAAAACAACAUUACUGAAGAAACUGGCUUCAGAAGACGUUAGCACCAUUACACCAACACAGGGCUUCAACAUUAAAAGUGUGGCUGCUAAUGGUAUGAAACUGAACGUCUGGGAUAUUGGCGGUCAAAGGAAGAUUCGGACUUUUUGGAAGAAAUAUUUAGAAAACACAGACUUGUUGAUUUACGUCAUAGACAGCGCAGACAAGAAACGUUUUGAAGAAACAGGACAGGAAUUAUCCGAUCUUACUGAAGAUGAUAAUCUGAAGGCAGUUCCAGUGCUUAUCUUUGCUAACAAGCAGGACCUGGUGACAGCAGCUCCGGCAAGUGAAAUCGCAGAGGGGCUGAACCUCCACACCUACAGAGACAGGGAGUGGCAAAUCCAGGCCUGUGAUGCCCUGUCAGGGGAGGGAGUGCAGGAUGGAAUGAACUGGAUCUGCAACACCAUUGUAAAUAAGAAAAAGUAACAACUGCAUCACCCAAAACAAACAGUACUCUCCUCUUAACUUUGUUUAAAUACUAAAAAAGCACUGUUAAUCCCAAACUCUUUCUUGAAACUGUGUACAUGGCAUUCAAUUCUGUCAUGUCGAGAACAAACCAGUAACCUGUUGUAGUUUAUUACAGAUCACAAGUUAAUUAUUGAUAAACCACCACCAAGGGCAACACAUUUCUAGGAAGAAUACAGGAUGCUUGACUGACA